AUGGAUGGGACUCGUCUUUUGGAAGUAGACAAUCACAUUGAGAAUACAUGGACAAUGGAAACGUUUCUUCCUCCUUGGAAUGCAGAUGAGUGUUCUCCUUUCGACAAAUGUUGUACCUGCUGGAUUGGAGGAUCAGAUAGACAUAUAGAGGGGGUUUUCACCUGGAAUGACCUCACCAAUAUAACCUAUAAAAACUGGUUCCCUGGCCAGCCUGAUGGCGUUUUGCAGGGAGAUUGUGUCAGUUUCUGUCGGGAUGGGUACUGGGACGAUAACACGUGCUUAACUCUGGAAGACGAAAUGGGGCCCUUAGAUUGCCUAGAUGGAUGGUUUCGAUAUGAAAACCAUUGUUAUUAUGUUAAUACAACAGCCGUAACUUGGAACGAAGCCAAGUUUCAGUGUGAAAUUAAUGGAGCACGUCUUAUUGAGAUUGAGUCUGACAGUGAAAACACAUGGGUCAUGGAAACCUUUCUACCACCCUGGACUAAUGCUGAGUGUUCUAAAUGGUGGGAUUGCUGCGAUUGUUGGAUAGGUGCUACAGACAUCGAUACUGAAGGAGUGUUCACAUGGAAUCAUGUGACCAACAUCACAUAUUCGAAUUGGUACAUAGAUCAGCCAGAUAAUCUACAGAUGGGGCAUUGUGUCGUCAUGUGUCGAAAUGGAUUCUGGGAUGAUUUAGAUUAUAGAACCUUCCAUUUAAGGACUCAGGCAGAGGUAGCAAAGAUUGUGGAACCUUCCUUAGAACCCUUGAGUGGAUCGGGAAGUUCUGGUAGCUCGGGAUCAUCCAGCGGAGACAGUGGCUCAAUUGUUGGAAAGAAACGAAGGUUCAAUUAUAUGAACGCCCAGGCAGGUAUUGUCGUUUACGUGGAAAAUGGGGGACAUUGGCUACUUCUCAAGGGGUCGAAUUAUGAUGAUACACCCGACACAUUUAUUACAGAUGCUGCUCUUAUGAAUUCAAGUUGGAUUUGCCUCGAAGGCCAUCCAGUCAGAAACUGUCAUUAUACUGUGAACAAUUUCAUAGUGAAUGCCCUUAUAAGGGAACCCGACUACCUGAUUGGAGCUAACUGUCAGACAGCAGCUAACAGAAUGUGGGUGCUGGUAGAGAGUUGUAUAUAGUAUAUCAAAAAAAAGUCAACAUGGCAGAGUUAUUUUUUUUUAAAUUUGAACGUGUUUAUAUUAUCAUAA